AUGAAGGGGAAGGGAAAGGAAACACGAAGGGGAAAUGGAAACCGAAAGGAAAGGGGAAAACGAAGGGAAAGGGGAAAACGAAGGGAAAGGGGAAAACGAGGGGAAAGGGGAAAACGAGAGGGAAAGGGGAAAACGAGAGGGAAAGGGGAAAACGAGAGGGAAAGGGAAAAACGAGAGGGAAAGGGGAAAACGAGAGGGAAAGGGGAAAACGAGAGGGAAAGGGGAAAACGAAGGGAAAGGGAAAACGAGAGGGGAAAGAGCAAGGAAAUACACGCACAAACUCACACACAAACCUACACACAACAACCCACAUACCUAAAGAAAGACGUAAAGAAAAGGAGCCUAAGAAUAAAGAGAAAACCCAGACAGAGAGACCUAAAAAAUGAAGAUAAAGAACAAUGA